AUGUCUCUCACCACUGAGCAACAGGAAAACUUCGAGGACAUCGAGAAGCAGUUCGCUGUCAAGGGUUCGCACUGCUCUGUCAUGGCUCCAAGCAUGCCACAGCUGACCAUUUCCGACNNAGCUGUCCAGCACAUGACCACCUACUGGUCUAUCCUCGAGAAGGUUCCUGGCUCUAAGCUACGCCUCACCAAGAUCGACGACGAAAUCUACGAGCACUUCAAGAAGGAGUUUCCCGACUACGACCCCAAGGCCACCAUCAACGAGGACGAGAUGAAGAGUAAGGCAGGCAAGGAGCGCUGGAGAAACUUCAUCAACCAGUAUGAGAAGAAGGUGGAUGACUACAACUUCGGCACUCUGUUGCGUUCCAACCCUGCCUUUGAGUACGGCCAGGACGAGACCAUCUUUGCCGUUCGCAUGCAGUUCUAUGCACUUGAGAUCUUGAGGGAGACCAAAUCGGUUCAGGAACGAUAUGCUGCUGCGAAAGAUCGUCCUGAGAAGGAUGCGCCGACCAAGAAGUUAAAGGACCAUGGUGUACAAACAGUGCCAUGGAGAGCUUUGUUUUUCUUCACCACCAAGUCACAUCUGACAUGCCUAUUCAUUGGUCUCGCAGCGGCGCUCGCAGCUGGUGGUAUUGGACCAGCGCAGUCAUAUCUUCUUGGUAAAGCUUUCAACGCAUUCACCAAUUCCAGCAGUCCUAGUGCUGUCCUUACCAGUGUCACUAACUAUACUAUCUACCUCCUUGCUCUCGGGGUUGGGAGUUGGCUAGUGCACUUUGUCUUCUUCUCGGCCUGGCUUGCAUUUGGAGAGCUUCAAGCCAAUAGUGCCAGGGAAAGGCUGUUUCUGGGCAUGCUGACCAAGGAUAUUGAAUGGUACGAUAUGCGCAAGAACGGAAUUGGCGCAUUGACACCUCGUCUACAAGCAGACCUUCAACUCGCUACCGCGCAACCUUUUGGUGAACUGGUAACGUCAGGCGCGGGCGCAGUGGCCUCUUUGGGACUUGCUCUGUACACUUCUUGGAAACUCACUCUUGUCAUCAUCUCGACUACUCCUGUCAUCGUUCUUAUCAUCGGCUACCUAGGAUCGUCCAUGCAACAGUCGGUCACAAAGCAGCAGGAGAAACUCACGGAAGCUCUCAAGUUCGUGAACAACUCCAUCAACGCCAUCGAGACUGUCAAGUGUUUUAACGGACAAGAACACGAACUAAGCAAAUACUCGUCUCGCCUCAAAGAAGCCGCGAGCUGGUACUACCGCGUUGUCAAUGUCAAUGCCCAGCAAUUCGCCUUUAUGGGUUUUAUGACACUAGCGAUGUUCGUUCAGGGCUUUUACUAUGGCGGUGUCCAGGUUGACAAGCACGAAAAGAACACGGGAGACGUCGUCACAACCUUCUUUUCUGCAAUCAGCGCUUUUCAGGCCAUUUCCAGCGUUCUGCCACAGAUGAUAGUGCUCCAGAAAGGGAGGACCGCUGGGUCAACUCUCAGAGCCAUCAUGGCACAAAUGGCGAAAGAUCCAAAUGCUCUGCCGUCGCCUCGGCUUUUGAAGCCAGACAGAUGUGAUGGCAAGAUCGAGUUCCGGAAUGCAACGCGUCCAGACCGAAUGGCUUUGAACAACGUCACUUUUUCCAUUCCAGCACACGACACUACGUUCAUCAUCGGAAAGAGUGGAUCUGGAAAGAGCACCUUCAGCCAGCUGCUCUUGAAAUUCUACCCAGCAGCAUCGGGCCAGAUACUCUUCGAUGGGUUACCUCUAGACUCUCUGGAUCCCACCUGGCUCAGAAACCAUGUCACACUUGUUGAGCAGCACAGCAUGCUGUUUGAGGACACCGUGUUCGAAAACAUCGCCAUUGGAACAGAGCAUCGUCAUGAUGUUUCGCGUGAAGCCGUGACUGGUGCUGCUGAGUUUGCUCUCUUGCUGGCAAUGAUCAAUGACAUGCCUCAGAGAUUUCAAACCAUGGUUGGUUCAAAAGGCGGAACUAUGAGCGGUGGACAAAGGCAGCGAAUGGCUCUCGCUCGAGCAUAUCUGCGAGAUACGCCUGUACUUAUCCUGGAUGAGUCUACAAGUGCACUGGAUCAAAUUCUCCCCGAUGAUUACGCAAUGAUCUUCGAAGACGGCGAGCUUGUACAAGAGGGUCAUCGCCAUCGCAUGGAGCAGAUACACAAUUCGCCUUUUCAAAAGUUCAUGUCUUUUGAGGCUGUUGCCGCGCCAGGUUCUAUAGAGAUUCAAGUCGGCAUGGANAAAGAGCCGGAUGAAGUUGUAGCAGAUCAGAACCCCACCGACGACCCAUUGGAAGCUCACUUGCAUGCUGGCGAGAACCCACGCUAUUCUUAUCUGCCUGCACUUUUCGCGAACAGACACACAAAGGCAGCGUUUCGGGGAGCAUAUGGCUUUGCUACUCCACUCAGCGAACUUGGCUCGCCGAACUCUCAAACCACACCUGGACCAUCCUCGCCUACGAAUAGGAGGUCCAGCGGUAAAGACUCUACUAUCUCGUACGAACUACGAACCGAUGAGACCACUCGGCAAAGCAACAAAAGUUCUACUGAGCGAAGAGAAACAAACAAUAGGAAGUCUAUGGCGCCUGAGCUUCUGUACAAGUUCGUAGAGUCGACCGGAAAUCUAGCUGCUCGAGCGCGUCUUACUUCGGGUAAUUCCAGGAGAAGACGUAUUCCCUCUGAUGGAUCUAUACCUGCUGUCGUUGGUGGCACCGAGAUGCAACCUCUGUCAAAGUACAAGAAGAAAGAGGAACCCGAAGACAACCAGCAAACAUUCUCCCUACGAGCUAUCCUUGGCACCAUCUGGCCUAGUCUGGACUGGUAUACGAGAGUCAUUCUCAUCAUCGCUUUGGUUGCUGCCUCCAUUAAUGGCGCAUGUACUCCAAUCUUCUCUAAUAUCUUGUCGAAGCUGAUAGGAACUUAUGGCAAAGGCGGCAAAGAACAGCAUACCGCUACGCUUUACACCGUCUCGAUCCUUGGUAUUGCGGUAGUAAGUGGCGUAAGCAGCUACAUUCUGCAUUUGCUCCUAGAGUAUGCUGGUCAGGUAUGGAUCAAUACCAUGCGUGAGAGAUCUCUAGAACGUAUUCUCGAUCAGCCUCGUGAUUGGUUCACUCACGAGGAAAACUCUGUUUCGCAUGUGAUGGAGGGUUUAGACCGGCAUGCAGAAGAAAUGCGCAAUCUCCUAGGCCGCUUCGCCUCAUCCCUCUACAUAGCGCUUGUUCUGAGUAUUGUCGCUCUCGUCUGGGCUUUGACUGCACAAUGGAAGCUCACCCUCAUCGCAAUUGCUCUCGGGCCCUACGUAUAUUUCGUUACCAAAUCCUUCAGCACUAUCAGCGGAAACUGGGAGGGUAGAAGCAACGACGCGGCUGAAGCUGCAGGAGCAAUAUUCACUGAAACAUUCACUAACAUCAAGACUGUACGAGCCUUGACUCUUGAACCUCACUUCCGAGAGAAGUACUUCCACGCGACCAAGAACUCACUACAAAUUGGCUUCAGACGCUCUAUCUAUACCGGCUUUUUCUUCGGUAUCUCGGAUUCUUCUGGAAUUUUUAUCAUGGCACUUAUGUUCUAUGCUGGAGCUAGAUUGAUACGAGAUGGUGCCAGCCCAACGAAUAUCGUUGAAGUUUUUGUACAGCUUAUCUUAGCGAUCACAAACGUGAGCCUUUACCUGGGUCUCGUGCCACAGAUAGGUCUUGCAAAGGACUGUGCCUCUCGCCUUCUUCGACUCUCGACAUUGCCGAAAGAUUCGCAUGAGCACUUUGGUAACACGCAGAUCACAUCGAUUGGUGAUAUUGAGCUACAUAACCUGAGUUUCUCGUAUCCCUCUCGUCCAGAACAAACAGUACUCAAGAACAUCAAUCUGCUCAUACCCGCGGGCGAGACUACUGCAUUGGUAGGAUCUUCAGGGUCUGGAAAGUCUACCAUUGCUAGUUUGCUUUUGAAUCUCUACACGACUGCAAGUGAAACGUCUGAAGUCAAUGGCAAAAUACCAGAUAUCAUGCUAUCAGGUCGCGACUUGAAGCAUAUCCAUACCCCAACACUGCGUUCAUUAAUCACAGUCGUCUCACAGACUCCAGUACUGUUCCCUGCAACUAUCGCGGAGAACAUAACAUAUGGACUACCACAGUCAUCUCCUUUCAACAACAUGGCAUCAGCUCGUCGAGCUGCGGCUGCAGCGGGUAUCGAUGAAUUCAUCAUGAGUCUGUCACAGGGUUAUGAGACCCUGGUAGGUGAAGGCGGUACGGGACUGUCAGGCGGACAGGCUCAACGAUUAGCUAUCGCCAGGGCUCUGGUCCGCAGACCAGCAGUCAUGAUUCUCGACGAAGCAACUUCCGCGCUCGACGUCGAAAGCUCGAGCUUGGUUCGUGACACCAUACAAGGCUUAGUGGAGCGUGAUGGCACUGGUAUGACUGUGAUAAUCAUCACCCAUAGCAAAGACAUGAUGAGUAUUGCAAAUAACAUCAUAAUGCUGUCUCAAGGGCAAGUUGUUGAGCAAGGAAGCUACGAAGGACUGUUGCGCAAGAAAGGCGAGUUUUACCACCUUCUGAGAGGAGGAGAGUGGACCGAGGAGCCGGACAUGGACGACGAUAUUGCCGUGCAUGGCCUGUCAGGUGCCAUAGAUUGGACAAGGGGUAAAGCAAGACCAUAA